GUAGUCUCUAUUUUAUUGCCAGCUGUUUUGUUUCAUUUUCAAACAGACACAAGACUCGUUCUGUUAUAAGCUUGUGAUGUUAAAUACUGGAGAGCAUGGCAUCUUUUUGGCGAAUAUAAGUUAGCACUGCUAUUAUUUCUUCUGUCGGAUAAAGAUUACAUUUCGUGAUCAUACUUUAGAGACUUUCACGUGUUACCUUGUACAAUUAAGGACAUUGUACAUGCAAGUAUAAUGAUCUAUUCAUAGGAAGAAAGGGUUGUAAAGAUUACUGACAGAUGGGGAUCUUGAGCUGCAAAUCGCCUUCAUCUACAGAUGUGGUACAUAUGAAGAAGACAACACCAACAAUGCUGGAUAAAAAAGAAGAAACUGACUAUCCAGAACCAACCCAAGGGACAAAAGAAACUGACUUUCCAGAACCAACCCAAGGCACAGUAGAAACUGAAUAUUCAGAACUAACUCAAGCGACACUAGACACUGCCUAUCCAGAACCAACACAUGGGAUACUUAAAACAAAAGAUGCUUCCAGUCAAACACCAGAAUUGCGAAGAUCAACUAGAGGAGAAAACGGCAGAAUGGAAGACGAAAAGGAAUCUGACUCCGAGGAGGGUGAUUUUAUCCACGUAAAAACAAGAGAAGCUUCAAGUCAGACACCAGAAAGGCAGUCGUCUAUUACAAUGUUAAUGCAAGAGGAACGAGAUGAAGACUCAGCACUCAGAUCUCGAAGUCAAUGCCAGAGUGUAGCAACUCCAAAAAAGAUAGAAAGUAACUAA